GCUAAGACUCUUAUAUUGAAUGGAGUAUACAUUACAAAGGAUAUCAAGUCAGCCCUUUAACUAGUUCAUAAACCUCAUACAUAACCGACAAAUGCAGUGGUAUAUUGCUGCGUAGAAUGCAUCGAAUCUUUCGUGGUAGCCAUACGGCCAGAACGGUGGCUGCCAGUCAUUUCCCUCAAACUGCACCUAUCAGAGAUUGUAGGAUAUCAAGUCUUAUUCCUUUGAUAGACGUUGCCAAGCCGAGUCUCGCCUCUCACGCCUCUCACUUGAGAGCCGUCCACGAGACUCUGAUAAGAAAAGGAGUUCUUCAAUUGCAACUUGGUUUUGAUGAUAAUGAAAGUCUGUAUCUUCGAGACUUGAUUUACAAUCUCCACCUUAACCAUAAUCAUGGUCUCCCGAUAACCCAUAGCGCCGAGCGAGGGUGGUUUUGGGAUGUUCGACCUUCACCGUCGAGUUUCCAAAGCAAUGCACACCAAGCUCGAUCAGAAACGAUGCUCUUGUUUGACUGGCAUACUGAUUGUAGCUAUGAAACUGACCCGCCUCGAUUUUUCGCCCUUCAGGUCCUUCAACCAGAUCGUUAUAAUGGGGGGACGUUGUCAGUACUGAACGUCGAUCGAAUUCUCACCUUGCUCUCCCCAUUUGCACGGAAAUGGCUGUCCCAACGUGAAUACAAAAUCACUGUUCCUCCCGAAUUCGUUAAAAAAGGCGGAGAGCGGCAUAUCGUAGGAAAUCUGCUCGCUGCGAGCGGAGAGGAAAUGCAUGUUGGUAACCUGAGAUUUCGGGAGGAUAUUACGGUUCCUUUAACUCAGAAUGCUAGCAAGGCGUUGGCAGAGUUAAAAGAUGUUCUGAAGAAUGAUAUAGUUCAAGCAGAGACGAUACAUUUGAGGCCCGAGAUCCUUCCCCGAGGAUCGAUCAUCAUGAUGGAUAAUCGACGUUGGCUGCACUCACGCAAUGAGGUCAAGGACCCCGAGCGACAUCUUAGGCGAGUUCGAUGGGAUGCCACACAAUUCGGAGCCUACAGUCCAUGAGUCUAGUUGGUGUGCUGAAGUGUUGUGUAAGGGGAGAGAUUUGGUUGCGACGCAUUUAUGCAUUCUUCCCUUCCAUUCUUUCAUUUAUUCAAUACAAAAUGAAUCAACGGCUCUCAAACCGUUCUCAAUCAAAAGUUAGUGUAGAAAGAGCUAUAAAAAGUCUAUAUAAUAAAGAAUUUACUUCUAUUCGAAGUGCUGCCCGUUACUUUGAAACACCGAAGUCUUUUUUCAUAAUCGUAUGACUGGAAAAUAAUCAUGCUCCUCAUCUUACAAAUCUUCUUAGAAUCUUUUGAAUGCAGAAGAGAAUACUCUAGUAUAAUGGAUCUCACAACUAAUGACCACUGGAUAUCCUGUAAUAUCUGGAUUAUUGAGAGAAGUAGCUCAGGCGAUUUAAAUCUGAUAUGUUACA